GACAUACACUAGGUUGUCCAUCCGAAACAUACACACGCACGCCAGCAGCCUUUAGGAAGCCACCCCAAGAGUCACUGAGAAAACAUAACUGUAACUGGCAAUACCAUCAUGGCUGUCGAAGGAACGUAUAGCAUCAACACAGGAAAGAUUCAAACUUUCGGAGUGGCUGACUACACCAUUACAGUCGCCAUGUUAGUGUCUUCAGCCGCCAUCGGGGUCUUCUACGUCAUCAAGGACCGUCACCAUAACAACGUAAAUGAGUAUCUGUUAGGAGGGCGCCGGAUGCACUAUAUCCCAGUGUCAAUGUCACUGCUGGUGACGUACCUCUCGGCUUUAUCAUUGCUGGGAGCACCCGUGGAGGUGUACAGAACCAACACCAUGUUGUUUUGGUUUGGAAUCUCUGUUGCUAUCGGUUGUGCGGUAGUUGGUAGAGUCUUCCUACCCUUCUUCUAUCAACUCGGCAUCACCAAUGUCUUCCAGUACUUAGAGAAGAGAUUUGGCAAGCGAGUCCGAACACUUGCGUUGACCUGCUUCCUCAUCCAAGCGCUUUUCUACACGUCUGUAGUUGUCUAUGCCCCGUCACUGGCUGUCAGUGCAGUCACGGGGUUCAACGUCUGGGGAAUCGCCAUUGUCCUGGGAGCAGUAAGCACUAUAUACACAGCGCUGGGUGGUAUGAAGGCCGUGUUGUGGACGGACACUCUCCAAGGCAGCAUCAUGGUGAUAGGCUGCGUUGUCCUCGUUGUCAAAGGCUCUGCGGCUGUGGGUGGAUUCAGCAACGCCUGGGCAAUUGCCGAAAACAGAUCCCGGAUCAAGAUAGAUGACUUCAGCUUCGAUCCGAAAACCACGCACUCGGUUUGGGCGUACCUGUUUGGAGCUGGAACCAUGUGGGUGGGGACAUAUGGUACUCAGCAAGCGGAGGUGCAGAGGGCACUGUCUUGUUCAAGUCUCAGAAGCGCUCAGAUAGCUCUGGGAAUCAAUGCAGUAGGCUACAUGAUAGUUUAUAUCCUCCUGGUAAUGGUCGGUGUGAUCAUGUUCGCCUUCUACAGCGACUGUCACCCCGUCAGCUUCAACAUCAUCGACAAGGACGACCAGCUGCUUCCACUGAUGGUGAUGGACAUCCUGGGAGAUGUGCCGGCGUUGCCGGGACUCAUCAUAUCUUCCAUAUUGUGUGGGAGUCUCAGCACAAUUUCAAGCAUCUUGAAUGCUCUGGGAACGGUGAUACCGGAUCAGCUCAUCAAGCCUUACUUCCUGAAGCAUCUCUCAGAUAAAGGAGAUAUGAGACUUGCUAAACUUUCAGUGCUUAUUUGUGGGGUGGUAGUAAUCUGCGCGUCAUACGUCAUCUCUUUAGUUGGUGCAUUAUUUCAGGGUGUGAUGAUGAUAAUUCCUGUUCUGCACGGACCCAUGGCGGGCAUAUUCUGUCUUGCAAUGUUUUGCCCAUGGGCAAAUAGAAAGGGGGCUGUGAGCGGAUACCUGAUGGGGAUCUUCAUCACAGCGUGGAUCUGCUUUGGAAGCUUUGCGACCAGAUCGCCAUCACAUUCAGUUACCUUACUGACUCACGGCUGCAACUGGAACCUCACCUUCUCCUCCAAUAACGUAACCUCAGACACUACGACAGAGGCCAUGAUGUCACAUGUUUCAGCAAACACGUCACACACGGAGUCACAAGAUCCCUUCUACCCGAUGUAUCGCCUGUCUUACCUCUACUACUCACUUGUUGCUACGGUGGUAGUCAGCGUUGUGGGAUCCAUUGUCAGUUUGUUGACAGGUCCAGUGAAACCUGAGUCCGUGGAUCCUCGUCUGGUCUGUCCAUUGUUUGACAAGCUCCUACCCUUCUUACCGGAACGUGUUCUCAAACCUCUCCGGUUUGGCGUUGACUAUGAAGGGAAAUAUAGUGAAACUGCAACAGAUCAUCAUCAACAUGAAGACGUCUCCGAGAUGAAGGACAAGUUCAUAUCUUUACGCCACACUGCAGAAAACACCGAUGAACACGCUGAAGAUCUAACCUGGAAUAAAAGAUUGUAGAAGUUAAUAUACAAAACGGAACCUGUAUAAGUAGAAUAUAGUAUAGACUGAAUUUCACAUAAGAAGUGGAAUAUAUUUGGUUGCCAUGAAUAAUCUUGAGCUGCGAAGGGUCUUGUCUACAUUGUUGCAGUUUCGAUGUUGUUUGAUUUGCAUUGUAUUGUAUAAGAAAUUGCCCACUUGUUAUUUAUCUGGACAGCUUAGCCUUUAUUUCAAGCACGUCCAAAUAGAAGCGACAAACCAUGCCAUUGUUCCUAAUAUAUCAUGAUCAAGUGUUUAUGAAAUACUAUUUAAUAGUAAUGGCACCAGGUGACUGGAGACAAUGAUAAGUGUAUCCUGACCGUCAGGUGGGAACCGCCACAUAUACUGCAAAGGAAAGACAUUUGGUCCAAGGAAAAGAAACAUUCCCCUAACCAUUCCUAGACCUGAGUUAUUGUCCAUUUGAUUUAUUGAUCAUGGACAAGAUGGAUUUGUUGGCAUUGGGGUAUGAUAUCUCCAAUGAAAGCAGACUCCACGAUCCUGACAAUAUCAGAAACACGUAACUGUUAUGUUUGAGAUUACAAUACCUCUGUAAAGUACAUAUUCUGAUCCUUAUUGGCGUGA